AUGGAUUAUUCUCAUUUCGUGACUGCUGUGAGCGCAGCAAGGAGAACAAACCCUGCAAGAAUGACCAACGAGCUGGCAAAGAAGAUGUCCUCUACAAUCAUGCUUUCCGGGGGAAUGCCAAAUGCCGACUACUUCCCAUUUAAAGCAGCAAGUAUCUCUCUUACUGAUGGAACCACCAUUGAAAUUGGAGAAGAACUGAUGAAGAAAGCUCUUCAGUACAGUGCUGCAGAAGGAAUUCAUGAAUUACUAUUGUGGUUAGAAGAUCUGCAGAUGAAACUCCAUAACCCACCAACAGCACAUUAUUCUCCUGAAAAGGGAAAAAUGAGGAUAUGCAUCACUACAGGCAGCCAGGAAGGACUUAGUAAAGUUUAUGAUAUGCUCAUUAAUCCUGGAGAUAAUAUCCUUUUAGAUGAACCAAACUUCAGUGGGACCAUGGCAGCACUACGCCCAUUGGGAUGUAAUAUUAUCAAAGUCCCUAGUGAUGAGCAUGGCAUUAUUCCAAAAGCUUUAAAAGAAAUUCUUUCCCGGUGGAAAUCUGACAACAACACGCAUAAGCUCAGUAACAAGCGCCCCAAAUUUCUGUACACUGUUCCCAAUGGUGGCAAUCCUUCUGGAAGCUCUUUGACAGCAGAGCGCAAAAAGGAGAUUUAUCAGCUUGCUCAAGAAUACAACUUUCUUAUAAUAGAAGAUGAUCCAUAUUAUUUUGUCCAGUAUGGGAAGACAAAAGCACCAUCAUUCCUUUCAAUGGAUGUUGAUGGCCGAGUCAUCAGAGGUGAUACAUUCUCCAAAAUUAUUUCUUCUGGUUUAAGGAUUGGCUUUUUAACAGGACCUGAACCUCUUAUAGACAGGAUUGUUCGACACAUAGAAGCCUCAACUAUGCAGACCAGCACUUUUACACAGGUCCUCUUAGUGCAACUUUUUAAGAAGUGGGGACAUAAGGGAUUUCUGCAACAAGUCAACAGAGUGUCGGAAUUCUACAAAAGCCAGAGAGACCUCAUGCUUGCUGCAGCAAACAAAUGGCUAACAGGUUUAGCGGACUGGUACACUCCUAAAGCUGGACUAUUUUUAUGGAUUAAAAUUAAGGGAAUUUCUGACACACACCAGAUGAUCAUGGAAAAGGCAAUCGACAGAGGGGUGGCUUUACUUCCUGGGAGGGAUUUUAUGAUUGAUGCCUCAGAACCUAGCCCCUUUGUCAGAGCUAGCUUUUCCUAUGCUUCUCCAGCUCAAAUGGACCAGGGUUUCCAGAGAUUGGCUGAACUCAUAAGGGAAGAAACGGCAUGACACUUAGCCAAAUUUUCACUUAUUGACA